UGAUGCACUUCUCUGUGCUCUCUCCCUGUUUCUUUCUUUCUGCUUAGCGACCGAAGGAACCCUGCUACGAAGGAAGUAAAGAAGAGAUGGAAAAGAGAGGUGAAGAAGAAGAAGAAGACGGAGAGGAGAUAGUUUGUAUAGACAGAUCUUUCUUCAUCAAUGACGAUUAUCAGCUUACUACCUUCACAUUCGGGUCCCAAGUUCUUCAGCUCUUUUGUCUCCAAUCUGCCUCAACUGAUUUUGAUUUGACGGGGCAGUUGGUAUGGCCUGGAGCAAAGCUUCUGAAUAAUUACAUUUCUCAGACUCCUGAGAUGCUUCGAGGAUGUUCUGUCAUAGAAUUAGGCUCUGGUGUUGGUGUUACUGGAAUUCUAUGCAGCAAAUUUUGCCAUGAUGUUGUAUUGACUGACCAUAAUGAGGAAGUUCUCAAGAUCCUGAAGAAAAAUAUAGAGCUCCACUCAUCUUCUGAAAGUACCGGAUUAAUUGCAGAGAAGCUAGAAUGGGGAAAUUCCCAUGACCUCAACCAAAUAUUAGAAAGACAUCCGGAAGGAUUUGAUCUGGUUCUUGGUGCUGAUAUUUGCUUUCAACAGUCUAGCAUCCCCUUGCUUUUUGAUACUGUGCAACAGCUUCUCUGCACUCGGGAUAUCGGGCACUGCAAAUUCCUGCUGGCUUAUGUAUCCCGAGCCAAAGUCAUGGAUGCCAUGGUUAUCAGUGAAGCUGUUAGGCAUGGACUGCUGAUAAGUGAAGUUGCUGGGAGCCGGUCUGUGGUAGGAAAUCUUGAAGGAGUCAUAUACGAGAUCACCCUUAAGUAGAAGCAUCUAAAGUUUUUCUGCUCCACCACUUAAAUUUAAAUCUAUCAUCUACACUGAAACAGAAUGAAACUUUCUAGGUGCAUGGCAUAAAGGAAAAUCUUGUAAUCACAGGCAUGACCUAAGGAUGGUCCUUCGAUUACUCAAGUCCUGUAGAUAUGCUUGAACCAAAUCUUCACCUAAGGUGGAUUCUAAUUAUCCUCUUGAGAUGUAAGCUUUUGAUGCUCA